AUGUCCACAAUCCACUUCCCCCACCGCUUCCUUCCCGGCACGACCGAAAACUUCGUAUCCAACGAGAUCUACGUCCCCAAGUUAACCGCCUCCCGGGUAUGGCCGAACCUGAUUACUCCCUCUCGUUGGACAUCCUACUACAGCAACGUGGACCAAGUAACACCGCCCCCGACCAGCGACGGAACGUUCCAAAACCCCGGCGACAAGUUCAGUUUCGCGACGUUCGGAUUCCCGCCGCUCCAAGCAGAGAUCUGCGAAUGCGUGGCGCCCACGGCAACCUCGCCGGGUCGGUUAGCCUGGCGGGCAUGGCAGGAAGGAGACGAGGAGACGGCGCUGGAGGUGUAUCAUGCGUGGAUUGUGGAGGAUAUGGAGUGGGGAGUGGUGAGGAUCCUAACGCAGGAGGUGCAGGCGGGAAAGCCGGCUGCUGGGUUGGCGGAGAAGAAGCCGAAUCCGAUGCUUUUGGGACAUCAGGAGUGGGUGGAUGGGCUGGGGAGGUUUAGUUUGGAGAAUUAA